CAGCAACAUCGCUUUCGUGUGUGGAGCAGAUAUGUGACAGCACUCAUGUUUGCAAGCUUCUGUUUCAUCAUGGUAUUCUAACUAGCAACCACUGUGAUAAGCUUCAUGCCCAUGGACAUCAUCCAAAAUGCAGUGAUCCAUUUCCUGCUAACGACCAUUGUCAUUGUGAUGAUGAAGCUUGUAUGAACCGUCUGUAUGCAUUAAUGACAACUGCUGCCACUACUAAUGUGACCACUGCUGACCCGAUGGUUAACCCAACUGCAUCACCUACACAGCUUUCUAUAACAACUUUGUCUCCUAUUACUACGCAAGCACCGGUAGUAACCACAACCACUCAGCCACCUGUUACAACAAUUCAAAUGGUACCCCAAACUUCUCAACCUGUUGUCACAACUCCUGCACCAGUUGUUACAACAACAAUGGAACAGACAACAACUCAAGCUACAACGGCACUGGUUUGCAGAGACCAGGAUCAAAGAUGUAAAGAUGCAAUUUACCAGCAAAUCCUAUGUCAAUCACCAGACACUACAAAUAGGGAUUAUGCAAUUCGAACAUGUCCAAAGUCAUGCAAUUUAUGUAAUGAGUUCUUCGCUUUACAAUCGAGUACAACACCUCUAAAUGUUGUUACAACAACAGAUUUACCCACAACAGCAUCAUUCCAAUGCAUUGAUCAUGAAACGAAGUGCAGUGAUGCAUUAUAUUUAAGUAUUCUUUGUAAAGCUACAGACCAAAUAUCAAAAGACUAUGCUCUAGCCACGUGUCCAAAGGCGUGUAACCUUUGUAGUUCAUUAGGAUCUCUUGAUCCGGCUUUCGGAUAAGAAAAUGGAUUUCAGAUACAAGCUUUAGUGAAAAUAAACAUUUCAUGUAGA